UAGUAGGGGAAGAUCGUUGAAAUAUUAUGAUAAAUGUUUUUACUGGAAGAAGUCAGGUUAAUAGAAGAAGGACGCUGUAAACGCCAAAAGCAAGAACUAUCAAGGAUUUUAGGAGGAAAACAGAUUUGGAGAGGUGCCCAAUGACCUCAGUCGGUUGACAUUUUAGACUCGUUGGUCUGCUUUCAAUUUGCGAAUUUGGUCGAUUUGCGGGCGUGUCGCUGAAAGUUGGAGAUCGCCCAGCUCUGAGUCGAUCCCUCCAUCGACUCAGCUCUGAGUCGGAGCUGCUCUGCAGGUAGUCCCAGAUUCCAGUCCCACUUUCACCAAAACUUAGUCUCCACACAAAGAAAUCAUCCGCGCUGCAAGAAGCAUCACUGGGUGACAACCGGCUUCGCACUGAGAUGCCCAGAAAGUGAAAACUGAAGAACGCUUCCACUCUCCCACUACGAGCUGAGGUCACAGGCCCAGCAUAUUGUUGCAAAAAUGACCAAACUGCGUGUAGUGCCUUUAGUGGCACUCUUCAGCCUAAUUUGCUUUACUCAAGCACAGAACGAUGACAGAACAAUUGCUGCUGACAUAGUCUUUCUAGUGGAUGCCUCUUGGAGCAUCGGCCAGGAAAAUUUCCAAUAUGUGCGGGAGUUUCUGUUCAGGGUUAUAAAGGCUUUUGAUAUUGGAGAAAACAGAUUUCGUAUUGGCCUGGUGCAGUACACUGAAAAGCCUCGAGCAGAAUUCCAUUUAAAUACAUAUUUUGCGAAGCAGGACAUCCUAUUUCACAUAUGGAACAUGUCUUAUAAGGGGGGUGACACAAAAACUGGACUAGCUCUAGAGUAUCUAAUCAAGGAGCAGCUCACUAAAGCCAACGGGAGUAGAGCGGAUGAAGGCGUGCCACAGAUUAUAAUAGUUUUAACAGACGGACGCUCUCAGGAUGACGUAAUCCCCGCGUCUGAGUCACUUAAGUCAGCCAAUGCCUUAAUUUUUGCUAUUGGAGUUCAGCAAGCAGUUGAAUGGGAACUAAAGGAGAUUGCGAGUGCACCUCACGAGAGGUUUGUUUACCACCUCGAUGACUUUGCCGCACUCGAGGGCAUUGUAAACGACUUAGUGAUGAGUCUGCACCUGGCUGCAGCGCACCUAUUAUCUGAUGGGAUAAUAAAAGACACUACAGCGCAAGAAUCGGCUGACCUAAUUUUCUUAAUUGACGGAUCUGCCAGCGUUGGAAGUGUCAAUUUUCAAUAUAUACGCGAUUUUAUCGUAAAUUUGAUCGACAAUCUCGAGAUCGGCCCUGACAGAAUCCAAAUCGGUGUGGUACAAUACAGCGAUGAGCCCAACACCGAGUUCUAUUUAAAUACAUACUCCACGAAAACAGAGGUUCUGGAUGCUGUGAAAAGACUUCAACCAAAAGGCGGAGAUGAAAUAAAUAUUGGCACGGCCGUACAAUUUUUAGUCGACAAUCAUUUUAUCAAGUCGGCCGGCAGCAGGGCAUCAGAAGGGGUCCCACAGGCAGUAGUCAUUAUCAUUUCUAGUGAGUCCAGUGAUGAUAUAAAUCAGGCAGAACUAUUACUAAAGCAAGGUAGUAUAUAUUCAUUUUCUAUUGGAGGUAGAGAUGCCGACAAUAAUGAACUUGCUCAGCUUUCAACUGAUCCGUCCUUUACUGCCUUGAUCACCGAAUUCCGUGAUAUUGCUCAGUUGCAGCAGCAGGUUUUACCAAUGGUCUCGGCAGUGGCCCGAAGGGAAAUAUAUCUUGAACCUCUGGUGCAGAGUGAAGUUCCGGAUAGGAGGAGGGACAUUAUAUUUCUGAUGGACGGCAGCUCUAGUGUUGGAUCUUCAAACUUUUUGAAAAUGCGUGAAUUUAUCUUAAAAGUAGUUAACAGAUUUUCAAUUGGACCGAAUGCAGUGCAAGUUGCUGUCGUGCAAUACAGUGAUGUUCAAAAAACGGAGUUUAGCCUAAAUAGUUACACUGAAAAACGCAAACUAACUAUUGCUCUUAAAAAGCUGCGACCGAUUGGUGGACCCUCACGUAACACUGGGGCUGCACUGGACUUUGUCCUCCGAGAACAGUUUACCACAUCUGCAGGGAGUCGAGAAGACCAAAAUAUCCCCCAGUUCCUGGUGCUUGUCACUACUGGACCAUCUCAAGAUAGCAUUCGCAUCCCUGCAUUUGAGUUCAAGAAAAGAGCUAUAAUAACGUUCUGUGUCGGAGUUCUGCAGGCGGAUAGCGCAGAACUGCGUGAGAUUGCAUUUGCCCCACAUUUCGUACUUGAGGUACCUAGUUUCCAGGCUCUACUCCAGAAACCGAGAGAGAUUGCAGCAACGUUACUCACAUUGGGUCCUCCCAUAGUGAUUACUGAAGAGCCUACAGUUAUCACAACCGAAGUUGUGACACAAGCAUUGAAUCAGAGAGACAUUGUGUUCCUUAUUGAUGGAUCAAGUAACGUUGGCAAUGUAUACUUCCCAUUUCUCCGUGAAUUCAUCACAAGCAUAAUUGAAGAACUGAACAUUGGAACAGACAGUGUGCGAGUAGCUGUGGUACAGUACAGUAAUGAUGCAAGACCUCAAUUUUAUCUAAACAGUUACAACACAAAGUCUGAAGUUUUGAACCAUGUACGUGGGCUCCAGCUGAUAGGUGGCAGGCCUCUGAACACUGGGGCAGCGAUGGACUAUGUACGUGUAAACUUCUUUUCCAGAGCCUCGGGGAGUAGGAUAGAGGAAGGCGUUCCCCAGUUAUUGGUAGUUGUUACAGCUGGAAGGUCUGUUGAUGAUGUUAGACGACCUGCAGAAGCUUUGGCACAAGGAGGCAUUCUUACCAUUGCUGUUGGAGUGAGUAAUGCAGAUGUGGAGGAGGUAAAGCGUAUUGCAUUCAGUGGACAAACGGCUUUCCAAGUAGAUGCUUUUGAACAUCUGAGCUCCAUCCAGGAAGCCGUGGCUUCAUCUGCCAGAUCAUUAAUUCAUGGAGGAGUCACUGAAGUACCUUUAGCAUUGAAGAAGGACGUUGUCUUCCUAAUCGAUGGUUCUGCUGGAAUGGGACAAUCAUUUUAUCAAGUCCGUGAAUUUCUGAUAAAAGUGGUACAGCAUCUUGAGAUUGGACCUGACAAAGAUAAAGUUGCUGUGGUUCGGUAUAGUUCUGACCCAAGUAUUGAAUUUGGCCUCGAUGCUUAUUUAACUAAAGAUGACGUCCUGGAAGCAAUCCGAAGACUCCCAGUAAAAACAGGAAGACCCCUUAAUACGGGUGUGGCUUUGGACUUUGUUGCUAGGGAUGUCUUCAGUCCAUCUGCAGGCAGCAGAAGAGAUAUUGGUGCUUCACAGUUUCUGGUGCUCAUCACUGCUGGGAAAUCUAGGGAUGACGUUAGACCAGCUGCAGGGAGGGUGAAACUAGCUGGUAUUGUGCCCAUCACUGUCGGAGCCAAGAACGCAGACACAUCAGAACUCCAACAGAUUGUGCAUGACCCAACAUUUAUGUUAAUCAUGAAGGACUUCCAAGAUCUAUCAGGCAUUCAACAGGAACUUUUAUCAAGGAUGAGAACAGUGGUUAUUUUUGAGGAAGAAACUGUUAAGAGGGAUGUUGUGUUCCUCAUUGAUGGAUCAGAAAAUGUCAGACCUGCUUUCUCUUCAAUUCAGCAAUUCAUUUCCAGAAUGGUUGAUAAUCUUGAUGUUGGGAGUGACAGAGUCCGAGUCGGUUUGGUUCAGUACAGUGAAGACCCCAGUGUAAACUUCUAUCUGAAUUCCUACACAACUAAAGAGGAUCUGAAGCGAGCCAUAAGUAAUAUUGGGCCAAAAGGAGGGCAAAGAGCCAACACUGGUAAAGCACUGGACUAUGUGAAGCAGAACAUCUUCACUAGACCUGCUGGAAGCAGGGUGGAUGAAGGUGUGCCCCAGUUCUUGAUCGUCCUCACUGCCAGCAGGUCAGCUGAUGAUGUUGGUCGGGCAGCCCUGGAACUGAAAGAGGCCGGGGUAGCACCUUUCGCCAUUGGUUCAGGAGACGCAGAUGACAGUGAACUGACAUACAUUUCACUGUCCCCUAAUUAUAUUUUCAAGGUGCCUGAUCUACGGGAUGUGGAAAAACUAUACCAAAAUCUGGAGACGCCAUUGGCACGGCUGAACAAAGAUCAGAUAAUUCAAAUCAGAAAAACGGAGGCUAGAGAAGCUGCUAAGAGAGAUGUUGUGUUCCUUAUUGAUGGAUCAGAAAACGUCAGAUCAGCUUUCCCCUCGAUUCAAAAAUUCAUCAUCAGAGUGGUUGACAACCUUGACAUUGGAAGUGACAAAGCCCGAAUUGCUUUGGUUCAGUAUAGCGAAGACCCUAGUGUAAACUUCUACCUAAAUAGCUACACAACAAAAAGGGAUGUGAUAGAUGUGGUAAAUAAUCUCAAGCAAAAAGGAGGGCAAAAAGCCAACACUGGUAAAGCACUGGACUAUGUCAAAAAGACCAUCUUCACGACAUCCGCUGGAAGCAGGGUGGAUGAAGGUGUGCCCCAGUUCUUGAUUCUCCUCACUGCCAGCAGGUCAGCUGAUGAUGUUGGUCGGGCAGCCCUGGAACUGAAAGAGGCCGGGGUAGCACCUUUUGCUAUCGGUUCAGGAUACGCAGAUGACAGUGAACUGACACGGAUUUCACUGUCCCCUGAAUAUAUUUUCAAGGUGUCUGAUCUACGGGAUGUGGAAAUAGUACAGCAACAUCUGGAUUCACCAUUGACACUGCUGCGCAAAGAACAGAUAAUUCAAAUCGGGACAAUUGCUCUUAAAGAGUCUGCUCGGAGGGAUAUUGUUUUCCUCAUUGAUGGAUCAGAUAAUGUCCGACCUGCAUUCCAAUCAAUUCAAAGGUUCCUCUCCAGAGUGGUUGACAAUCUAGACAUUGGAAAUGACAAAGUCCAGGUCGGUUUGGUUCAGUACAGUGAAGACCCCAGUGUAAACUUCUACCUGAACUCCUACACAACUAAAGAGGAUGUGAAGCGAGCAAUAAAUAAUAUUGGGCCAAAAGGAGGGCAAAGAGCCAACACUGGUAAAGCACUGGACUAUGUCAAGCAGAACAUCUUCACUAGACCUGCUGGAAGCAGGGUGGAUGAAGGUGUACCCCAGUUCUUGAUCCUCCUCACUGCCAGCAGGUCAGCUGAUGAUGUUGGUCGGGCAGCCCUGGAACUGAAAGAGGCCGGGGUAGCACCUUUCGCCAUUGGUUCAGGAGACACAGAUGACAAUGAACUGACACAGAUUUCACUGUCCCCUAAAUAUGUUUUCAAGGUGUCUGAUCUACAGAAUGUGGAAAGACUAGAGCAACGUUUGGGCUCCCCACUGACUACACUGAACAAGAAUCUAAUAAUUCAAAUUCAAAGAGGAGUUCUUGCAGAGGCUGCUAAGAGGGAUGUUGUUUUCCUCAUUGAUGGAUCAGAAAAUGUCCGACCUGCAUUCCAAUCAAUUCAAAGGUUCCUCUCCAGAAUCGUUGACAGUCUUGAUGUUGGGAGUGACAGAGUCCGAGUCGGUUUGGUUCAAUACAGCGAAGACCCCAGUGUAAACUUCUAUCUGAACUCCUACACAACUAAAGAGGAUGUGAAGCGAGCAAUAAGUAAUAUUGGGCCAAAAGGAGGGCAAAGAGCCAACACUGGUAAAGCACUGGACUAUGUCAAGCAGAACAUCUUCACUAGACCCGCUGGAAGCAGGGUGGAUGAAGGUGUGCCCCAGUUCUUGAUCCUCCUCACUGCCAGCAGGUCAGCUGAUAAUGUUGGUCGGGCAGCCCUGGAACUGAAAGAGGCCGGGGUAGCACCUUUCGCCAUUGGUUCAGGAGACGCAGAUGACAGUGAACUGAAUCAGAUUUCACUGUCCUCUAAAUAUGUUUUCAAGGUGACUGAUCUACAGAAUGUGGAAAGAUUAGAGCAACGUUUGGGCUUCCCAUUGACUACACUGAGCAAGAAUCUAAUAAUUCAAAUUCGAAGAGAAGCUCUUGCAGGUUCUGCAAAGAGAGAUGUGGUGUUCCUUGUUGAUGGGUCAGACAAUGCCAGAGGCACUUUCCCUUCAAUUAAAACCUUCAUCAACAAAUUUAUCGACAAUCUUGAUAUUGAACGUGACAAAGUCCGUAUCAGUGUUUUACAAUUCAGCGAAGAUCCGAGUGUUGAUUUCACUCUGAAUGUCCAUGAGACAAAGGAUGAGGUGAAGAGGGCAGUUAAUGACCUCCAGUAUAAAGGGGGGAGACGAGCCAAUAUAGGUAAAGCCCUCGACUAUGUCACAAAGAAUAUCUUCACUCCUUCUGCUGGGAGCAGAGUGAACGAAGGUGUACCUCAAUUCUUGAUCCUCCUCACCGCCAGCAGGUCCUCUGAUAAUGUUGAAACGGCAGCCCUGGCACUGAAAAGUGCUGGUGUAGGUUCUGUCAGCAUUGGUUCAGGAAAUGCAGAGGCCAGUGAGCUCCAAAGGAUUUCAAUGUCCCCCAAGUUUACCUUUAAGUUUGAUGAACUACGGGAUUCGGAUACGCUAAAGCAGAAUCUACAAGGACAAUUGAAAACACUGAACAGAGAACAGAUAAUCCAGACUAUACAAGAUGCUCCUAAAGGUGCCGACAAGAGGGACGUUGUCUUUGUACUUGAUGGGUCAGAAAAUAUGAGAUCGGCUUUCCCUUCAAUACGUUCUUUCAUUUCAAAAGUAGUUGACAGUCUUGAUGUUGGCAUUGACAGAGUCCGUGUUGGUGUUGUACAAUAUAGCAAUGAUCCAAGAACAGAGUUCCAAUUAAACACUCACAACACCAAAACUGAAGUUCAAGAUGCCAUCCGUAACUUACGGAUGAAAGGCGGGCGGAACAUCAGAACAGGAGUUGCACUACAAUACGUCAAGGACAAUCUUUUCACUAGGGCUAGUGGUAGCAGGAUCGAAGAAGAUGUGCCUCAGUUCUUGGUGCUUCUCACUGCUGGUAAAUCAGCCGAUCAAGUUGAGGUGGCAUCAGCAACAUUGAAAAAAGCUGGUGUAGCACCAAUUGCUAUUGGAUAUGGGCGUGCAGAUGAUGAAGAACUCAGACAGAUUUCACUGUCUUCUCAGUUUGUUUACAAGUUAGUUGACUUGAGGAACACGUUGAAUAUACAACAAAAUUUAUUGGGACAGCUGAGAGCUCUGGAUUCUGACAAGAUAAAAGAAAUCUAUGAAAUCACUCUGGCGGGAAACAGUGCCGACAAGAGGGACGUUGUCUUUGUACUUGAUGGGUCAGAAAAUAUGAGAUCGGCUUUCCCUUCAAUACGUUCUUUCAUUUCAAAAGUAGUUGACAGUCUUGAUGUUGGCAUUGACAGAGUCCGUGUUGGUGUUGUACAAUAUAGCAAUGAUCCAAGAACAGAGUUCCAAUUAAACACUCACAACACCAAAACUGAAGUUCAAGAUGCCAUCCGUAACUUACGGAUGAAAGGCGGGCGGAACAUCAGAACAGGAGUUGCACUACAAUACGUCAAGGACAAUCUUUUCACUAGGGCUAGUGGUAGCAGGAUCGAAGAAGGUGUGCCUCAGUUCUUGGUGCUUCUCACUGCUGGUAAAUCAGCCGAUCAAGUUGAGGUGGCAUCAGCAACAUUGAAAAAAGCUGGUGUAGCACCAAUUGCUAUUGGAUAUGGGCGUGCAGAUGAUGAAGAACUCAGACAGAUUUCACUGUCUUCUCAGUUUGUUUACAAGUUAGUUGACUUGAGGAACACGUUGAAUUUACAACAAAAUUUAUUGGGACAGCUGAGAGCUCUGGAUUCUGACAAGAUAAAAGAAAUCUAUGAAAUCACUCUGGCGGGAAACAAUGUCAAUACUAACAAGAAGGACAUUGUGUUCUUGAUUGAUGGAUCUAGCAAUGUUGACUCUGAAGAUUUUGCCCAUAUACGUGAUUUUGUCCUGAAUAUAAUUAAUAGUCUGGAUAUUGGACCCAACAAAGUUCGUGUUGGUCUGGCACAAUACAGCAACAAUGCAAAAACCGAGUUCCGAUUGAGGGAAUACACAAAUUUAAAUGCCCUUCAAAAUGCUAUCAGACGAAUUAGGCCGAAAGGAGGUUCACCACUUAACAUCGGAACAGGUCUGGACUUUGUCUUGAAAAAUCAUUUCACCAGGCCGGCUGGAAGUAGACGAAAUGAAGGAGCACUCCAAUACCUGAUACUCAUUAAUGGUGGAAAAUCCAGUGACAGGUUCCAGCGUUACUUAGGGCUAUUAAGCAAUUAUAAUAUCAAUGUUUUUGGUGUAGGGGCAAAGAAUGUAGAUGAAAAUGAACUUCGAAGAGUUACAACAGUUGAUUAUGGUACCUAUAUAAUAAAUAACUUCCAGGACCUUAAGCGUGUGCAAGAACCUUUGAAGCUUCGUUUGCAGGUGGAAGAUCCCACAGAUUUUGAAACACCAGAGCCUCCCACUGAAGUUUUGCCACAGAAAAAAGCUGACAUUGUAUUUCUGCUGGAUGGCUCCAUUAAUAUUGGAAGGCGAAACUUCCCUCGCCUCACUGAGUUUAUUUCCGGCAUAGUUGACGCUAUCUACAUUGAUUAUGGAUCAAUCCAGGUGGGAGUUGUCCAGUACAAUUCCGAUGCCGUUAAUGAAUUCUUUCUCAACUCAUACGGAGCAAGAGACGAUGUUCUUAAGGCUAUUGCGAAUAUACAGUUCAAGGGAGGCAGAAUCUUGAACACAGGAGCAGCCUUGCGCUUUGCUAAAAAUACACAGUUUGUCAAAUCGGCAGGGAGUAGGAUUGAAGAAGGAGUCCCACAAAUUGUUUUCCUUCUGAUUGGUGGAAGGUCUAAUGAUGAUGCAAUAGCAGCUGCAAAAGAGUUAAAGGAUGCUCGCUUUAAAAUCAUCACCGUGGGAGUGCAGAGCGCGCUCGAAGAAGAUAUCAACCAAUUGGCGAGUGAACCAGCUGUUGCAUUCAGAGUGGCUGACUUGAAUGAAAUUUCUGAACUAACUGAGCAAGUCUUGCUGAUCACAACUGAUGCCAUUGAUGGUCUGCUUUGUCCAAUCAGCCCUGAUGUAAAAGAAUGCGACGUUGAUAUUUUAAUGGGCUUUGAUGUCAACUCGGCUGAUGCAUUUGAACAGGAGCCAGGUUUUAGAAGCAAAGUAGGAGAUAUUUUGUACAGAAUCUCACAGUUGAAGCCUAUUAGCUGCACUGGAACAGAACGACCCUUUGUGAAAAUAGCACUCUUAACUCUAGGAGCAGAUGGACAAAUUCAUACCCGUGACUUGGUGGCGUAUCAACCUGAAUUAAUGACUGAGUUCAUCAAAUUAGCAGCUUCUGGUCCAACUCUUUUAGGAACCAGAACCUUAACUGCAUACAGUGAUGUAUUUCAAUCUGCUAGUUCUGGCCGAGUAAAGGCCAUUAUCCAUUUUACUGAUGGCAUAGAUGAAGACCUUACUUCAUUAAAAAGAUAUUCUGACACUCUAAGGAAGGAAGGAAAAGUGCAUUCUUUGAUUCUGGUAUCUUUGGAAAAAAUGUCUGGAACUGAAGAUAUUUCUUUGUUGGAAUUUGGACGUGGAUUUAGAUACAGGAGACGCCUUUCUAUCAACCAACAUGAUUUAGAAUAUGAACUGGCAGAAGAACUUGACAACAUUGCAGAGAGAGUGUGUUGUGGUGUCUCAUGUAAGUGUGCUGGUCCACCAGGUGACAGGGGUUUUCAAGGACUACGAGGGCAGAAGGGUUCUCCAGGAAUGAAAGGUAUUCCAGGUUAUCCAGGUGAUGAAGGCGGAGCAGGUGACAGAGGUCCACCAGGUAUAAAUGGAACUCAGGGGUUCCAAGGAUGCCAAGGACAUCGUGGGUUUAAGGGUGCCCGUGGAUACCCAGGAGAAAAGGGUCAAGGAGGAGAACUUGGUCUUGAUGGAAUAGAUGGAGAACAGGGAAUAAAUGGAGCAGUUGGAAAGCCAGGAGAAAGAGGGAGUGCAGGAGCACUGGGUACAAAAGGAGCCAAAGGUUCAAAAGGAGAAAGGGGUGAUAUUGGUUACCGAGGUGAUCCGGGUGAACCAGGACUUGACAAUAACCAGAGAGGACUCAAAGGGCAAAGGGGUGACUUGGGCUUGGUGGGAGAAACUGGUGAUGAUGGACACCCAGGGGAGCCUGGCCAAAAUGGGAAAAGGGGAGUUCAGGGCCGCAGAGGAUCAGCCGGAAAAAGGGGCAGUAAAGGAAAUCCAGGGGCUAUAGGACCUCCAGGACUGCCAGGAUUUAGAGGCAAUCAAGGGGAUUCUGGACCUUCUGGAGCCCCAGGACAGAAAGGUAUACCUGGCAUUCGGGGUCCAAGGGGGCCAUCUGGUCCUCCGGCACCCAAUGGUGCAAGGGGCAAAAUAGGAUUAAAUGGAAGAAAGGGUGAACCUGGAAAUCCUGGAGAAAAGGGUGGAAUUGGGCCUACUGGACCACGUGGAGAAAUGGGUGAAGAUGGAGCGAACAAAAUGGGUAACCCUGGAGUCAAAGGCAGAAAGGGUGAACGAGGUUCUGUGGGACCCCUGGGAGUUAAGGGCAAUCUUGGAACUGAGGGUGAACCGGGCAGAGGUGGUAUGAAAGGAAACAGAGGGCGCAGGGGUUAUCCAGGAGAUUCUGGAGAAGAUGGAUCAAAAGGAGAAAUUGGUUACCCUGGUCCACAGGGUGCAAAAGGACCACAAGGAAAGUUUAUUGAGCCCUGUACUCUUGUCCGGAAAAUCAAAGAAACAUGCCCAUGCUGUCAUGGUAAGUUCCUUUCUUCAGAUGAGUGUUCAUAUUUAGAUUAUGCACUGAGUGCUACGGAGUGCCCUGCCUAUCCAACUGAGCUGGCCUUCGUGAUAGAUACUUCCAACACUAAAACUGUUAAUCAGCUCAAUGGAAAUAAGAAUGCAAUUGUCAACAUAAUUCAGAAUCUAACAAUAGUAGAGAGCAACUGUCCUAAAGGAGCCCGUGUUGCCAUCCUGACAUACAACACUGAUAUUGUCACAGAGAUCCGAUUUAGCAGUGCCCGGAAUAAGCGAGACCUGCUCGAGCAGGUUGAAAACCUGCAGUUUGUGCCAUCGAGGAAAGCCUCAAGCAUUGCUGAUGCAAUGAACUUCGUGGCAAGGAACACAUUCAAACGGGUGCGAAGUGGGUUUUUGAUGAGAAAGGUGGCCGUGUUUUUCAGUGAUGGACAGACGAAGCCCAGAGAACUCAAUGCUGCUCUAACAAAACUUGCUGAUAACAAUAUCAUCUCUGUCUACCUCUCCCCAAGGGUAGACAAUGCACUCAACAGGGCACUGGAGAGAAGUGCUGGCGUUAAACAAUCCUUUGUUUUCCGUAAUGAUGAUGAAACACUCAGGAAAGUGAUGUCGUGCUAUGUUUGUUUAGAUUUUUGUGAAGUUGAUCCAAUCUGUGACAGUAGUCUUUAUCGAGGGAGAAGGUCAGUGGCACCUGCUAACGUGGACUUGGAUAUGGCAUUCAUCACAGACAGCUCAGCAACCAUCAAUCCAAAUCAAUUUAUAGAGAUUAAGAGGUACAUUUCCUUUCUGACGGACCAGUUGGAGAUUAGCAAAGAACCUGCAACAUCCAACCAUAAAGCCAGAGUUGCCUUAGUUCAGCAUGCUUUGUACAAUUCUCAAACAAAUAGUAGCCUCAAUCGUGUGAAAAUGGAAUUCUCGCUCACUGACUACCGCUCUAGCCAGGACAUCAGAGAAUACAUCCUGAACAAGAUGUCACAGCUUGAAGGAGGAACAGCUACAGCUCAUGCUGUCGAAUGGACUAUAACAAAUGUUUUUGAAAAAGCACCCCAUCCAAGGCCAUUAAAGCUUAUUGUCCUACUGACCACAGGAGAUAUCACUAAAGCUGAAAAAGAACAGCUGAAUGCAGUCAUCACGGAUGCCAAAUGCAAAGGCUUCUUCAUUGUUAUAUUCAACAUCUUUAACAAACCUAAUGAGCAGGAUCUUAUUAACCUGGCAAGCGAACCUCAAGAUGUGUACUUCAAGCCCAUUAGCAAAAUCUCCGAGCUCUACAAUGAAGACUUACUGAGGUUUGCACGGCAGCUCCCUGAGUACAUCAGUGCUGAGAAUGCAUUUUACUUGAGCCCAGAGCUGCGAAAACAAUGCGGAUCAUUCCAAAGUGACCAGCCAAUGUUUAUGAAUGCCCAUCAGCAAGUCACAACCGAUGUUCCUUUGGCUGCAGACAAACUUAUGGGACUGAAAUUAUCUGCCUCCAGUGUUACGGAAGACAGUAUUAUCCUACACUUCUCUCAGACUGAAGCUCAGCGCAUAGAUAAUUAUGAAGUUACCGUGGUCGAUGUGAGCCAAAACAUCCUUGUUCUGAAGCAGAAUGUCAGUGAUCCUGAAAUUGUUGUAAAAGAUUUGGAAAGUGGACAGCAGUACAAAGUAAUUGUGUUAGGAUUCGCCCAGUCCGAAGCAAAAUCUAUUUACAAUGGUGUUUUUACAACAGAAAAACCACUUGGCAAAAGUUCCGAAGUUAUUUUGGAGCCUCUGGAGGAUCCUGAAAUAGAUCGGUGCAUGCUGGAUUUUGACGCUGGAUCACAGUGUUCUGAGUAUAGUGCAAAAUGGUUCUUUGACAGAAAAAACAACAUCUGUGCUCAGUUUUGGUACGGCGGCUGCGAUGGUAAUGGUAAUAGGUUUGACACAGAAGCCGAAUGCAAUGCAGAGUGCGUGAAAUCAAUACCAGAAGCAAGCACAUCAGAACCCAAGCCUGAAGGUAUCAUGUCAGCUAAAGACAUAUGUCAGUUACCACGGAAUGAAGGAACUUGCCGGAACUUUUCCCUGAAAUGGUACUAUGAUGUGAAGACUGAAACAUGCACACGAUUCUGGUAUGGAGGAUGCAAUGGAAAUGGAAACCAAUUCAACACACUAGAUGAAUGCUCCAAGACUUGUAUCGAAGGACGAGUUCAAACCAGAAUGAUAACCACAAUGGGAACGUAAAUGAAGUGGCGGCUCCACUGUACAUAUACCUCUGAUAGGGGUGAAACCUGCAAUCUGCCAACAAUCCCAAUAUGCUAAGGGUUCACAGAUACCUUGCACUGUACUGGUAAUAGCUUUCAAUAAUCGAAUGUUGACGACUUUUGGUCUUCAAAACCUGCAUGUUACAAUGGUGCUAAAGUUACAUUUGGGUGUUAAACUUGUGUGGAAGUAAUCUGUCUGCUGUUUCAUACAUAGAAGUUAUUCAGCUUAUUCCUUCUGUCUGUUUUACAGUUUUCAUACUUAAUAUGAACUUUUCUAACGUUCAUGUCACACACUUCUGUAAAAAUCUGUUGGUAAUUAACACUACCAUAAAUUAAAAUGCACAGAACAAAAUCUUAUACAAUUCACUUGAAAAAAAUUAUUACAACUUGCUUCCAUUGUAUGUAUAUGCUUUGAUUUUUUUUAAUGGAGGGAACCUAUUUCAUCACUGAACCAUUAGCAGAUUUGACUCAUACCUGCAAGAUCUGUACAGAUUCAACACAUUGCUGCAUAAUUGCAAAAGUGACCUUUACUUUUUUAAUAAAGAAAGUUCUAUACAUUUUGUUUUAAAGAGUCACUGGUUUGUUAAAAGUUUCUCUCAUUAUUGCUUUCCUUGAGGAAACAAUAUAUAUUUUUGUACACUUUGAAAAAUUCUUGAUAAUUUGGAAUUGUUUUAAAUUAUGUACGGAUGUCCACUUCUCUGCAUUUGUCAGUUAUUUGGAACCAUAGAAAAAAACUAAGAAUCGUUUUAGAAAUUCAACAGGGAUUACACGUUAAACCAAACAAGUUUCAAGUCCAGGCUAUAAUGUAAGGAUCAUUUUUAAGGUUUUAUUUUUAUGACAGUUAUAUUGUAUGUCUUUAAUGAAGAAAUGUAUGAGAGACUUUCUAAUAAAAUUGGUCUGAAAUUUGGAAUGUUUACACCUAAAUGUUUUCACUUAUUUUCCACACAGAACUCUUUAAAUCAACUGAAGUUGUAACUGUUACAGGAGCUAGGCUAGAUGUCCACAUUUAUUUAAUUAAUGUAUUUAUUUAGCGAUAUGGUGCAGAAUAGCCCCUUCGAGCUGCACUGUUCAGCAACCUCCGAUUUAGCCCUAACCUCAUCACUGGAUAAUUUACAAUGACCAAUUAACCUACUAACUAGCAGGUUCUUGGUCUGUAGGAGGAAACUGGAGCACCCAGAGGAGGCCCACGCAUUCUGGGAGAGGAUGCUGGAAUUGAACUGCAAACUCCGAUGCCCCCAGCUUUUGGAACGUCGGGCUAACCCCUAUGCUGCCCUGGGACCCACAUUGUACAUCUGUCGAUAAUAUUAGUUGCAAUCACAAGAUCAGUUAAAGGUGAAAAAAAUCCUUUAUACUGUCUCAAACAAGCAUCUGAAAUGAGAUGUAACACUAACUGAAUGCACAGCAGCGUUCUCUCUAGGCUACAAUAUUCCACCCAUCGUAACAUCGUAUGUCACAUUCCAAAUUAAAUCAGCAACUCAGGGAUUAUAUGGGUGAUAUUCAGGUAUGAGUAAAAUUAACUACAUUUCAAGAAAAAAGAAUUACUGUGUAGGGUUCACCUCUUCUAAAUAAUAUUCCAGCACUGGUAGCCCUAUCUCCCUCCAGCAGCCAUUUCCAGCUGUCACCCUCUUCUCCAUCUGCCUCUCAAUGUUUUUUCAUCUCCCUCUCGCUCUCUCUCUGUCUGCAGCUCUCAUUCACCUGCUGCUGCCUGGAAAUACUACCCUUACUCCCCUCCCCCACCUUGUACAUCUUGCCAGUCAUAUUACACCCUCCCUCAGCCCACCAAUCACCUUGAACUCCUUUUUCGCAACUCUCCUUAUCCUCUUUAUAUUGACAAUGUCACCUCUGCGCGCCCGAUGAAGGGUUUUGACCCAAAAUGUUGACAAUUCCUUUCCUCCCACAGAUGAUGUUCGAGCUACAAAAAAAUGGUAGUGUAC